AUGUCUCUGUUUCCCCAGCAGCCCAGGAGAGAAGACUGUAACAACGUCAGACCUGAGGACUGGAACCCCAGAAUCCCUGUGGGCAUCUCUCCUAUCCCCGAAUCCAGAAAACACGGCAGCAUCACCUUGUUUUCCAACCCUUUUGCUGACACUCCUUAUCCUGCCCAGGUGAAGGCCUCGCCGCUCCCCAGCGAGUGGAACGGCAAGACGGAGAGCUGCAUCCUCAACAUCAACUCCUCCAUAUAUGACGAGAUCCAGCAGGAGAUGAAGAGGGCCAAGGUGUCCCAGGCUCUGUUUGCCAAGGUGGCCGCCUCCAAGAGUCAGGGCUGGCUGUGUGAGCUUCUGCGCUGGAAGGAGGACCCCAGCCCGGAGAACCGUACGCUGUGGGAGAACCUGUCCAUGAUCCGCCGCUUCCUGAGCUUGGCCCAGGCGGAGCGUGACGCCAUCUACGAACAGGAGAGCACGGCCGGCCAGCAGCAGCACCACGCCGACCGUCCCCCGCACACAAUGCACAUGUCCACUGACCCCAUGCAGAACCCAACUCUGAUGUAUAUGUCCCACACAGAUCCACUACAGUCUCAGACCCAUCAACCGCCACAGCAGCAGCACCAGCCCCCCAUGUCCCUCCAGCACCCCUCCCAGCCUCCACUGUCCCAGCAGCCCAUGCAACAGCAGCAGCAGCAACCACCCAUGGGCCCCCGGCUGCCCCCUCGCCAGCCCUCCACCGCUUCCCCGGCAGAGACAGAGGACGAGGGCCGCGGCGGCGGGGGCACCAAGGCUCGCUCCGGCGGGGGCAAGAUCUCCCACGAGGCCCUAGGCAUUCUGCAGAGCUUCAUUCAGGACGUGGGGAUGUACCCAGACGAGGAGGCCAUCCACACCCUAUCGGCCCAGCUGGACCUACCCAAGCUCACCAUCAUCAAGUUCUUCCAGAACCAGCGCUUCUACGUCAACCACCUGGCCAAGCCGCCCAAGGAACCCAGCAACAGCAGUAGCAGCAGCCCGGCCUUUGAGGAGGAACUGUCGGAAUUCAGGGAGGGCAGCGCCGAGCUGCUGAAGGAGCUGGAAGAGAAUACACAGACCAACAGCACCAUCUUCUCCAUCAAGAUCGAGGAGCACCUGGCCCGCGCCGAGGCCCUCUCAGAAUCUGACCACGAGGCCAAGGAGUAGAGAGAGCAGCCCCCAGUCUGAACACUGUGCUGAAAGAGUAGUGUUGCUAUACACACAGAGACUGAAUGCAAUGCUAAAGGGUAAUGGUCUGGCUAGCGCAGUGCGGACGCUGCGAGAGAAAAGAGUAGUGUUUUUAUCAAUACAGAGUCUGGACUCUAUGCGUACGAUUAGCGUUUAUAUAUCAAUGCAGACUGAAAGGCUACGCAACGCUAGCAUUCUCACACUGGAACCCCCCCAUUUCCACAGACUACAGUAAUACGAAUAAGUAUUGCUUUUUCUGAUUUUGUAAAACUUGUAUUAUUCACUGUAAAGACUGAUGCAUCAUUUAAAUAACCUGCACAAAAAAUUAUUCWAAKUAUGUUGCCGUGGAUAUUUGCUGACUGCACUUAAUGUCUGUUGUUUUACACUGAUUUCCUUUCUUUUUGAGCUACUGAUAUUAUAAUAAAAAGCCCCCAUGGAGUUUGAUAGGACUUUGAUAGGUGUUUACGUAUGUGGUGUCAACUGGAUUUUUUCAAAUGCAUAUGAAAUCGAGGAACAAGUGGAUGACAAGGCCUUAAUGAUGAGGUACUAAGUCUGGAAGCCUGCUGGCAAAUUAGUUAUUCUUUGAAAAAGCGAAAAACAUGACGGUGAUUACGGAUCACUCAAACUCUGGAACGCAAACCGCACCCCAGGUGCGUCGCCGAGAAUAGCUCAGUCGUUACAUAUUAUUUGUUAGGAAGAAAUAUAAAUAUAUAUAUAGACAUUAUAUUAACUGUAAAAAAAAAAAUACAGUCUUAAAGAAACUAUGCCAAUAAAUGCCUUGUACUAUAUGGCACUGCCGAUUAGAUUAUUUUGCAAAACCUUUGUCACUGUAACUUUUUGAAUCAGCCACACACAGUUUAAAAAUGUGAAUCACAAACUCUGUUUUUUGUUGUCUUCUACAUUAUUUAUUUGCAGUUCAUGCAGUGUUUCUGAUGUAAUUACUUUUUUGGAAAGUUUGUUACAUAGCGCUUUUUUUUUAUUUUAAUGAUCCUUUUCUAUUUAUAAAUGUAAUUUUGAUGGGCAGUAAAAACAAAAAGUGUCUUAACGUUUUAAAUAGAAAAUGUGCUUUAAAGGUUGCCUAUAAAAGUGCUGUAUGUCAAGCAACUCAUGCUACAAGCUUCACAAUUAAUGUUGUAUGCAAUUUUUACUAUCAUGCAAAUAAGCUUAGGUAAAUUACUAACCUAUAGAACACCUUAGAGAGAAAAACAUAUGCAAUCUGUGUGAAUAUCGAUGUCUGCAAUGUGUCUUCCUUUGGUUAACAAUCCAAUUCAAGCUAUUCCUGUAUAAAUAUCCUGUAUACAUUUUUUUUUCUUUUUUAUGAGUUUAUUUCAAUGAGAACAUCAGUUAUUUUGUUACAACUGACUGUUUUAUAAGUGUUUCUCGGUUUCUUUAUGCAGAAAUUGUCUAACUAGGAGUGGUUCUUUAUUGUUAAUUACACAAUUAAACUGUUUGUAUUGUACCCCA